AUGCAGGCCUACACUAGCAGCAGCAGCUUGAACAGGCCGCUGGUAUCCAAGUCAGUGGGAGUCAAGUGGGGUGCGCGUCUAGCCCAGAGCACCAGCAGAACAUCGCCCGCGCCCGCCAGCGCGCCACCCGACCCCAUCAGCGGCGUCGCCGCUGCGUCGACACAGGACGCCGCACCUUCGAGCUCCGCAAGGGCAGCAGCUGCGGCGACAACAGCAACAGCAGCAGCGGCCGCACCCAAUGCGUGGCCAGGGUCGUUGUCAGGCUCUGUGCCAGCCCCCUCAUCAUCAGCAGCUGCAAGCGGUGCGUUGCAUGAGCAGCAUGACAACCAGUACGCAUCUCAGAGGCAGCAAGAUGCCAGUUCGGCGCAGCCGCAGGACACACCAGGGGCCGAGAAUGGCGAAGAGGCGCUGCAGGGCCCCGGCUUCGAUGGCUUGCCAUUUGUGCCUUUCCUCCUGCUGCGGGUCGCCCCCCCUGGCGCCCCCGCCCCGCUCGACCUCGCCGCCCCGCCGCAGCAGCUACGGGAGCAGCUGGGGCAGCUGCAGGCGGCGGGCGCGGGCCUCUUUGCCGAUUCCCAAGGCGGCCUGGGACAGCAGCGGCGCCGGCAUGAGGGUGAGGCAGCGGCGGCCCUGGCGUUUUUGCGCGCGCCCCUGGCGUCGCGCCACGCCGUGGCUGUGCCGCAGCGAGCCGCACGCGCAUGGCUGGAUGCAGACGACGAGCAGCAAGGAGGCACGGGCGGCGCUGCAUGGACGGCUGUGGGUGGCCCGUCAACAGGGGCGACAGGCGGCGAACGCAGCGAAGCGAAGCUCGCGCACCCGGAUCCGCAGGGGCAGGCGGUGCCCGGGGCGGCCGCAGCAGCGGCGGCCGCGGGCGGCCACCGGGGGCCCCCUGAGAAGAGCACGGCGUCGAUGGCGACGAGUUUGACGGGCGCCACUAGUCACGGCUCGCUGCGCACUGACGCGCAGAGCCCAGACUCGCAGCUGGUGUUGCGGUUACGCCGCCUCAAGCUGCUGCAGCAGCAGGCGGCGGUGCUGUUCGCCUGA